UCUGCGGUUCCCUCCUUCUAGGUGGGUGUUUCCAGACAGCUGAAGAAGACAAGCCUCUCCCAAGGCCUCUCAUCUCACCAACUGGCCAUGCUGAGCGGCCACUUGAUGUCCACUGUCCCUGCCUCCAGGCUGUUUAUCAUCCUGCUCCUGGUUGUUUCUCUGAAUGCUCACAAUAGAAGCUGGGACAACCCUGUAUGCACCAGCGGCACAGUGUCUGUGCCUAGAGGCGGCCGUGCGGUGAUGACCUGUAACAUCUCCAACACCUUCGCCGAUGUCACCAUCUGGCUGAUUGCCCAAGGAAGGGAAAGGACCAUCUUCAAUAAGAUGCCCCAAGGACGCUUCUCUCAGAGCGGGUGGGAGCUCCGAGUUCAAGAGGGCCAGGCAGAGCUCGCAAUCAAGGACACCCAAGAUGGCCACACAGGGCUGUACCAGUGGCGUCUGCAUGGGCGCCAGAAAUGUUACCGCAAUAUCACCCUGAAUAUUUCAGGUGAGGCGAGGGCUGCAAAGCGAGGAGAGGCUUCAAACAAGAACGAGGUCAUAGGCGCGAAGCUGGUCACGCCCAUCUCAGAUGCAGUCAUGAGCGCUCAGCUGGAGGUCAGUUCUGAGACCCUUGUGGGAAUCGUGGUCGCUGUGGUCACUGUCAUCUUGAUCUUGGGACUGGCGGGAAUCAGUGCAUGUAUCUGCUACAAGCGCCAUCGGUCCAGGUUUUCUCUGUUGGGGAUCGAGUAA